AUUGGUUGUGUGUAUGCGUGUGCGUGCGUCAGUGCUGCAAGUGUGCUGUGUUGGAUGUGCAUGUUUCUCCCUGACGUCAAAGUUUUUAAAUCUUUGCAGACGGUAUCAGAAACUACAGAAGAUAAUGAAGCCUUGCUUCGGCGACCUGCUGUCCUUCACGCUGACCGCCUUCGUGGAGCUCAUGGACCAUGGCAUCGUCUCCUGGGAUACCUUCUCCGUGGCCUUCAUCAAGAAGAUCGCCAGCUACGUCAGCAAGUCGGCCAUGGACGCCGCCGUGCUCCAACGCUCACUGGCCAUCCUGGAGUCCAUGGUGCUCAACAGCCAGGACCUCUACCAGAAGGUGGCGCAAGAGAUUACCAUCGGACAGCUCAUCCCCCACCUGCAAGGGUCCGAUCAGGACAUCCAGACGUACACCAUUGCGGUGAUUAAUGCGUUAUUCCUCAAAGCUCCCGAGGAGAAGAGACAGCUCGAUGAGCAUGUCAACAUCCUUGAUUGCCCACUUACAGAAAUGGCUCACAUUCUUGCACAGAAGCAGCUGCGCUCCAUCAUCCUCGCUAAUGUGAUCCGCAGUACGAAGCCCAUUAAUGACGAGAUGGCCCACCAGCUGUACGUGCUGCAAGUGCUGACGUUUAACCUCCUGGAGGACCGCAUGAUGACCAAGAUGGACCCUCAGGACCAGGCUCAGAGGGACAUCAUCUUUGAGCUGCGUCGCAUCGCCUUCGACGUGGAGUGUGACUCCAACAACAGCGGCAGCAUCGAGAAGCGCAAGUCCAUGUACACACGCGACUACAAGAAGCUGGGCUUCAUUAACCAUGUGAACCCAGCGGUCGACUUCACUCAGAUUCCUCCGGGGAUGCUGGCACUGGACAACAUGCUGUACUUCGCCCGCCACCACCAGGAUGCCUACGUCAGGAUCGUGCUGGAGAACAGCAGCAGGGAAGACAAGCACGAGUGUCCAUUUGGCCGCAGCAGCAUCGAGCUGACCAAGAUGCUGUGUGAGAUCCUCAAAGUGGGCGAACUGCCGAGCGAGAACUGCCAUGACUUCCACCCCAUGUUCUUCACCCACGACCGCUCCUUCGAGGAGUUCUUCUGCAUCUGCAUACAGCUGCUCAACAAAACCUGGAAGGAGAUGAGGGCCACCUCAGAGGACUUCAACAAGGUGAUGCAGGUGGUGAGAGAGCAGAUUAUGCGAGCGCUGACGGUCAAGCCUAACUCCCUGGACCAGUUCAAGAGCCGCCUACAGAACCUCAGCUACACAGAGAUCCUAAAGAUCCGCCAGUCCGAGAGGAUGAACCAGGAAGACUUCCAGUCGAGGCCCAUCCUUGAGCUCCGUGAGAAGAUCCAGCCGGAGAUCAUGGAGCUCAUCAAGCAGCAGCGCCUCAACCGCCUGUGUGAUGGCACCUGCUUCAGGAAGAUCAGCAGCCGCAGGAGGCAAGAUAAGUUCUGGUACUGUCGACUGUCUCCUAAUCAUAAAGUCCUGCACUAUGGAGAUCUGGAAGAGAACCCCCAGGGUGAGGUGCCCCAUGACUCUCUGCAGGAGAAGCUGCCCGUGGCUGACAUCAAAGCUGUUGUCACAGGCAAGGACUGCCCUCACAUGAAGGAGAAAGGAGCUCUCAAGCAGAACAAGGAAGUGCUGGAGCUGGCCUUCUCCGUCCUCUACGAGUCCGAUGAGUACUUAAACUUCAUUGCCCCUGACAAACACGAGUACUGUGUGUGGACAGAUGGGCUAAAUGCUCUGCUAGGGAAGGAGAUGACCAGCGAAUUCACCAAGAGUGACCUGGACACUCUGCUUAGCAUGGAGAUGAAGCUACGCCUCCUCGACCUGGAGAACAUCCAGAUCCCUGAGGCUCCGCCUCCCAUCCCCAAGGAGCCUAGCAACUAUGACUUUGUCUACGACUGCAACUGAAAGCAAAACAAAACCAUUACCCACUGGACCAACGGUUUCCCUUUUUCCUCUCUGAAAAGUUGUUACUGGAAGUUUUAAACAAACAAAAAAAUAACUUUUAGAGAAACUCUUGCAUUGAAAAAAAUGAACAAGAACAAAAAAAAAAAAAAAGGAUUUAACUUUUUUU